CCCAUGGCAACAGCAGCAGCUGGUCCCUAGAUAAGAGGAGCUGGAGCUGAGCUGGGCAGCAGCAGCCACAGCACAGAGAAACAGCCCAGCCUCUCCACACAAGCUCUUCCUCCAGUCUCCUGCCCGCUGCCGUAUCUGUGCUGGUUGUGCUGGAGAAGAAAUAUAUACACCCUCUGUCUUUCAAUGAUGUCUACUGAGCAAAUGCAGCCCCUGGAGCUAUCAGAAGACAGACUGGACAAGCUAGACCCUCGCUGCAGCCACUUGGAUGAUCUUCCAGAUCAGUUCAUUGAGGGCUGUGAUCUCAAAAAGAAGCCAAGAAAGGGAAAAAAUACGCAGACUACCAAUACUGCGGAGUCAGACCAGAAGAAACCAAGGAGGAAAGACACACCUGCACUGCACAUCCCCCCCUUCAUCCCAGGUGUGAUUUCAGAACAUUUAAUCAAAAGAUACGAUAUUCAAGAGAUACAUCCAAAUUGCAAAAUGAGCCCAGCCCUUCACAACGCUGACCUGGAACAGAAAAAGCCAAGGAGAAAAGACACACCUGCCCUGCACGUGCCCCCCUUUGCAGCAGGUGUAACACUUCUCAGGGAUGAGAAACCCAAGGUGAUCAUGGAAGAUGAUGAAAAGGAUGGUGACAAGAUAACUAUUUAAAGACAUCUCCCCCUGAGAUCACUUGUAAAUAGGUUAGAUUGGUUCCCUAUGGUGACCUAGAGAAAAAAAUAGACUUAUUUCUGCUCUGGUUUCAUCCUAGGCUGACUCAGACCUAGACACCUCUUCCUCAGGAGACAUGCUAUAUCAGAUUGCCAGUCACCUCUUUGUCUUUUUUCCCUCGAGUUUGAUUCCUAGUCCCACUUUCUGAAUUCUUCAGUGCAACAGAAAGGAAAUAGAUCAUUCCAAACUAGGAGAUAAUAGGAAAGCUCUGGUGUUCACUAUUCAUUUUCUGCUUCUUUUGGAUCAAUUCAUGGAGCAAAACCAUGGAAAAUAUGGGAAACCUUUACUCGUGCUUUGUCUGCUGGACAGAAUUUAGCUUAACAUCAUUCAAACACCAGUCCAAGUUGGGGCUCCCUCUUCUCAGUUAAAGAAGCGAGGUCAUUUGUCCUCUGACUCACUGACUGUUUUGGAGAAUAUGCUCUUUUUUCUCCUGUCUUAUUUUAAGAGUUCAUUCUGGUGAUAUUCCUAAAAUCUUUGUGGUUGAUACUAGAAAGUCGAAUUUAUAAGCUGAGGUAGGCAACCCAGUCUACCAUUUCAUGACUGAAAAUACCAGAAGACAACGCUGGUUCACAGGAGGUUUGCAAUACCUCUUCAUAUUUAUUUUUUAAAACAGUUCUUAAUCAUGUUGCCCUGACGUUUAUGAAUUGUAUCACAAGUUAGUCAUUACUAAUGACAGGUAAAAUGCCAAUGUUUGUGAUUAGUUAACUUUUAUAAAAAAAAUAAGGCCAACAGAAAGUCAUUCUGAUACUUUUGGCAUCUGUCUUAUUCAGACUACAAUAAUCUUUCUUAGAAAAGAGGGGAAAGUGAAAUGGAACCUCAUUAGCAGGGCAUCUGAAUCUGUAUUUAGUUUCUGUCCAAGCCUGCAAUCUUUGGAAACCUGGAGUGGGGACAGAGGUUUGUACAUAGACCUCAUCCAUCAGGCAGCAGGUAGGAAAAAAAGAUGAGAACUAUUCUUAAAAGGAAAAAAAGUAGAUGUUCAAAUCAUCAUGCUGAAGAGUGAUAAUAUGCAAUUUAUCGCUAUAUACUCUGGCUCCAGUCAUUUAUCAAUCCCUUUGCCUCUUUCUGUCCAUCACAAAUGUGGAAAAAAUGAAAGAACCUGCUGGAAAUAAAAGUACUUCAGUCAU